AUGUAUCAUGGAAAUUUUCCUGUGAAUCUUUCCAAGUUCUUCAAGAAGGAACCAUCUGAUUCCGGUGAUGGUUCCAUACGUUGCGACUGUGCAUCUAUUUGUAGGAACCGUUACUGUCGAUGCUUUACUGCUUCGAAGUUUUGCACGAAAUAUUGUACUUGCCAUUGGUGUUUGAACAAACCUCAACGUCAAGAUCUUCAGCGCAUCAAUGAGCUUCCAGCAUAUAAUCGUGGCCGACGGGGAGGUGUGUCUCAAUCAGACUCUUGUUCAGGGGUCGAAGAUGAAAAAGAAGAAGAAGAAGAAGAAGAAGAAGAUACAUAUUGGAAAGAUUGGUGUAGAGAGACGGGAAAAUACUCUCCUUGGAAUGUUCCAUGCGUUAAACAGAAACAGAAAGAAACUUCUCCCAAGGAAUCUGUUGGUGAAACCCCACUGAGGAGUCGUUCAAAGAACUCUAAAUCUGAAAGUAAGAGUAUCAGCUUAGAAGAAUCUCCUAUCAGGAAAAAGAGAGAAAACAAGUCUAAAAGUAAGAACAGCACUUCAGAUAAAAAGCGAAAGAAAGAGUAG